AUGGACCCCACGCACUCGGUUGUUGCUAAGAUCGCCGAGGAUGCCCGUAGUGAGAGCAUGGGCUCCCAGAAUUCCCAGACCGCGAAAGAGUUUAUUGAGUCCCAGCUUCAACUAGAGGCAGAUGCGCGCGAGGCUCUUCCUUAUGCCUUUGACUCUUGCACAUAUGACCUUGGGCCAUUGCGACAGGUCCUCUUUGCGUGUCUCACCUGCAAUCCUCCUCCUACCGACUCCAACGAAUUCUACACUGCCGCUGCCGUGUGUUACUCGUGCUCGAUCGCUUGUCACGGCGAGCAUACUCUAGUCGAGCUCUUCAACAAGCGCAACUUUGUCUGCGACUGUGGAACCACCCGUUUACCAUCAUCUUCUUGCUGCACACUUCGUGAAGACCCGGCAACCGGCAAGAAGGGCGUGCACUCCCAAAAGGCUGCAGCAGGCAACGCAUACAACCAUAAUUUUCGCAAUCAGUUCUGUGGCUGCGGCGAACAGUACGAUGCGUAUUCGGAAAAGGGAACAAUGUACCAGUGUCUGGGACUUGGCACCGUCGAGACCGGAGGCUGCGGCGAGGACUGGUGGCACCCGGAGUGUCUCAUCGGCUUGUCGCGUGAUUGGAACAAGGCUGCCCCCAAGGUCAGUGGACAUGGCGGCGGUGAUGCCACCAAAGACGCUCCAGCAGAGGACGAAGAAGAUAUACUCCCACCUGGGUUUCCCGCGGAGGAUGAUUUCGACCAUCUGAUCUGCUUCAAAUGCAUCGAUUCUAACCCCUGGAUUAAGCCCUAUGCGGGCACUCCUGGUUUCUUGCCGCCAGUUUUCCGGGAAGGUGGGCUCAAGAAGGUCUCAAAUGUGGCCGAGGAUCUCUCUGUACCAGCCACUGAGCCCAAGGAGAUCGAACCUAAGGACCAGGAGAAGACCGAACACUCAAAAAAGCGCAAGGCAGAUGACGAGGGCACCAUUGAAGGAGAGCGUGUUACCAAGCGAACUAAAGAAGAAGAAGAAGAGGUUUCUGUCGAGGAACAGCCAUCGAAGGCCGUGAAGGAAGAGGAGCCCACCAAGAAAGAAAGUGAUGCUUCUAAAAAGCCAUCCGCCCCCAAGCACACGGAGCUCCCCAAGUCCACUCCAGUGGAAUCGUUCUCCCUCUUCGCCUUGGAUGAUUUUCAUGGUCAGCUGUGCCGAUGCGCAGAGUGCUUCCCCAAGCUGGUUCCCCACCCCCAGCUUCGCGAAGAAGAGGAUACAUAUGAGCCUCCCAUGUCUGACGACGGCCAGGCAAAUGGUGCCGCCAGUGUCGGGACGGGCAGCAUCUACGAUCGUGGCGAAGCAGCACUCAACAACAUGGAUCGGGUGCGUGCCAUCGAGGGCGCAAUGGCAUACAACCAUCUGCGUGACAAACUUAAGGUGUUCCUGCAGCCCUUCGCUGAGAGUGGGCAGGCUGUCAGCGCGGAAGAUAUUAAAGGCUACUUCGAGGCGCUGCGUGGUGACGAGCAGGGCAUCAAAGAUGCCGCUAACCACGCUUCUACCGUGGGCGGUGACGGCAAGGAUGAUACCAGCGGAGACAAGCGACAUGAACAGAAUGGUGAGUGA